AUGAAGACCAAGUUGUGGAUCUUCCCCCGGGGCAUGGCCCGCGACGGCGGUGUGGGCGAGGGCUCUCUGCAGUGGACCUCCAAGUACGGAUCGGUGGUGGCCUCCAGCUACGACAUUGCCACCACCGAUGGCAUCAACGAAGCUGGCUUAGUGGGGAAUGUGCUCUAUCUCGCUGAGGCACAGUACGGAACUGCAAAACGGCAAGGGCAGAAGAAGAUCUCCAUGGGUGCCAUGCUGCAACACAUCCUGGACAACUUCGGAACGGUCCGAGAGGCUGUGGACUUCAACCGAGGUGAUAAUCUUUGUGUGAUAGCUCCUGAUUUGCCGAAUGGUGAGAAGACCACUGUCCAUGUUUCCAUCAGUGACGCAAAGAACGACUCGGCUGUCUUCGAGUACAUCGACGGACAACUGCGGAUUCAUCACGGCUCAGAGUAUCGAGUGAUGACCAACUCCCCUCCCUACGACCGACAGGUGGCCUUGGCCAAUUAUUGGACCGAGAUCGGUGGCUACACCUUCUUGCCGGGCACCCACCGGGCAGCCGACCGCUUCGCACGGCUGAGCUACAAUUUGCACGCGGUGCCCAAGGUGAACCAGUCGCGGCAGGCGGUGGCCACCGUCUUCUCGCUCAUGAGACAUAUCAGUGUGCCCUUGGGCAUCACAGCUCCUCAAAAGCCCAACUUGGCGUCGACCUUGUGGCGCUCUGUGGCGGAUCACACCCGCUUGGUCUAUUAUUUCGAAUCGGUGACCGCACCAAGCGUUUUCUGGGUCGACUUGAGGCUUGGCAAAGUGAAACUGACCGAGCUGCAUGUGGGACAGUCACCCUCUGGUGGUCUGGUUUGGGAGCUCUUGAAUCUGAAGGCUAUUGAAGUCUAUGAUGCCAGCAGAAGGUACACGCACAGGCUUUUUGAAGAGAUGCUUAUUUCCCAAGUGUUUUGGUCCACGACCAUGUGA